AUGGCUUCGGAAAUGCACUACCUGCGUGCAAUCAUACCUUCCCUACCCACAGAAAUUGCCGCCAAAAUUCGUUCUCUAUGCGUCACUGCAGCCAACGAAUCCUUGCUGGAGAACCUUGUUCGGUUUCUGGCGGGAGCUGGGCACGCGUCGGACGCGUCGGUUGGGAUCCAGGAGCAGUGGUCGGAGAAGCAGGCCACAACACGAACAGUCCUUGCAGGACUGAGGCCGACUACGAAACGAGGUCGUGAAGAAGGAGGGGAUACCGAUUCACAGCAGUCGAAGCGACAGCGUUUGUCGCCUGCCACAGCUCCAACUAAUAAUGGACCGCCUAUCUUUACGCUUCACGCUAUCUCUGCCACCUCUCCGGUCCGCAAGAAGGUCGAUAUCACGAUUCACGAGAAUUUAAUUGCAUUGACCAAUCCAACUUCUCGAGCUCUCGAAGCCUCCGUUCCUCUUUCCUCUAUUCGACGAGCAUUCAUUGUACCCACACGAGGAAAAUCCAAACCGCAUUGGACAGUCAUCCUUUUGUCAUCCGACGUUCCAGACAAAGGCAAGCCUACGCCGGGAUUCUCAUCGGAGAACCUCCAGAUUAUCUUCGGUCUGGAUGCGACAAGUGCAUCUACCUUCAACACUACCACCUACGCCGCCGGCGAGCCCUCCGCACAUACACAACCUAAAGGCACCUCCACCCUGCUAUCCAUCAAACAAUUUCUCUCCCACCUUCCAAUACCCACCAUCGAGCCCUCAACUGACGUCUUCAAGAGCGCAUGCACGGGCUCCGGCUCGAGUGCAGGUGUGAACGGGAUCCCAGGCGUUGAGGCUUACCGCGCAGCAAAAGCAGGCAAUUUAUGGUUCAGCGCACAAGGCAUCCUCUGGGGCGAGAGCAAGCCAUGCGAGUUCUGGGCGGUGGGCGACCUCCUGGGGAAGAUGGAUGGUGUACGCAUCGCGGGUGCCGGACGGUCGUUCACAGUUAUCCUCACGAGAAGGAGCACUGAGGGUGAGGACGAGGAGGAGUCGGAAUUCGGGAUGGUUGAUGGAAGAGAGCGGGAGGGAGUGAACGAGUGGGUGCGGAAUCACUGGCACUUGUUUGGGCGGACAGGCAGUGAGGAGGAAGGCGUGUCGAAGCCGAAGCCGAAGGUGCAGAACUUGGGCCCGAUGACGAUCCGGACCCUCCAGGACGAGUCGGACGACGAGGAUGAGGACUUCGAGACUGACGUGUCGUCUUUGGACGGCUCGGAAGCUCUUAGCAGCAACGAAAACUCGACUUCUGAUGAAGGUGGGAGUGACGAGGAGGACGAUAAUAAUGGCAAUGAUGGGGUGAAGACGGAAGAUCCAGCCAAGCAUCCACUUCUACGCCCUGGAGCUGUGCCGAAGAUGUCUAAGGCUGCUCUCGAGAUGGCGGUUGGCAUUAUCGAGGAAGAUUUCGCCAUGGGUGAUAGUCCAGACGAACAUGACGAACUCGAAGAGGAGGAUGAGCUCGAUGACUGA